AUGGUGAGAUUAAGGACUGGGGCGACGGUUUCGUGUACGAGGAAUCCCUCAAAACAUGGGUCCCUGAGCGCCCCGAGCUCUACCAUCGUGACCCCUUAUACGAAAGCAUGGAAGCGUACUGCCCCCAAGCUGUCUACUCAAAAUGAGUUCAUUAUCAACGACAUGUUGUUGGAGAAUCUCCAUAAGGGUGCUAGCCAGGACCGUCGUUCUGUCCACGCUUUACUCCUGCCGUUGACCAGUGACCCUUUUUACAUGGAUCGCCUUUACCACGUGCUACGCCACGAUUCCACUCUGAUUGAACGUUACCUGGAUAAUUUUCAUCAGCGUAUCGCUGAAUUCUUCCAGAUUUGGUUGGAGAAUUUGGAAAAUGCUUUCUUCAUUGGGUUUCAUAACCAGCAGGCAGGGUGCUCUAUCGGUGUUGCAAUCCUGGAGGAAUCGUUUGUUCGAAAGUAUUCCAAUUACCCUCCGGAACCACGAGCAAUUAAACGCCUUCGUGAGAGAGACCGAGGACGCCCCACUACCCGUGAUCAAGGUCGUGCUGGUCGGAACAAUGCUGGCGGUAACACUCGCCGUGGUGAUGACACCCAUCGUGCAGAUCGCAACCGUGAUCGUGUCGAUCAUGACAGUCGCGACCGAGGGUAUGUUAAUGGCCGUGGCAACCGUCGUGACUCUGACUCUCAUGGCGACCGUGCCGGUAUUUCUCGUCCUCGACACGGCCGUUCUGACGAUUAUGAUUCCAGCUCUUCACGCAAUGAUUCUGGCGUUGGUUCCCGCUCCCAGUCUACUACACCUGCGUUCAAUGAUAAUCAUGGUCGCUCCCAGUCCCAAGAUGUGCGCCCCGCACGCUCCCGCACACCUACAGCUAACCCUGUUACUCCAGGCAAAACGCUGACGGUGAGAAUGUGUGCUACAACUGCUACAAACCUGGUCACCAAGUUGCCCAAUGCCCGCCCAUAUAACAAUUUCUCUGGUACCCUAAAUAUCCGCGCCGAUUGA